GGAUACUGUAAUAUUACAAUGCAUCUCCCAAUCGAUGCGAGUAAUAUUUUAUAUGCGAUUUGCAUGUUUCAUAUCAUAUAACUAGGUCCUUAUUCUUCUUACAACUCUGUAACUUGUCUGCUUCUUCUGUUUCCAUCUCAACGUGUCCAUGUGGUCUUACCUCAUUACCUCACUCUCUCUAUAUAUUAUCCCUCAUCAUUACUUUCUUCUAUGCAUCUUCACUUCUCUCUUAACCUCUCUCUCUCUCUCUCUCUCUCUCAACGUCCCCUUGCUUCUGUGUCAUUACAUAACUAACGUCCGUCACCCUGUACGAUCAUGGUAUCAGCGGAAACACGGACAACAGCGGAUGCUAACAUGGUUUUCAUGAUGGAGGCGCCACCUUCGGGACCUCGCAUUUCCUUCUCCGCAGACUUGUCAUCGUCAGACAGCGAGGGAGAUUACAUCUGCAUCAACCCUAAGAAGCUCUUACCGGGAAAACAAGAACAAGACAAGAGCUCACCGAAAGCCGGAGACUUCAAGUUUCUCUCGAACACCCAAACGAUGCUCACCGCCGACGAGCUGUUCUCCGAAGGAAAGUUCCUUCCUUUCCGGCACGUCAAGCAUUCAGAGAAGCUUCAAAGCGUUACCUCCAAAACAAAAGCCAUCGAGGAAGAAAAAGAAGAAGAUCGUAAAGUAGUGAGAGAGGAGGAGAAUGUAAAUAAGAGCAACAGAGGAGGAAGCUGGUUUCUUGACGACGACCCUUCUCCUCGUCCACCAAAGUGCACUGUGCUGUGGAAAGAGCUUUUGCGGCUAAAGAAACAGAGGACCAACACGAAGGCGUCGUCUCUCUCUCCGUCGUCUUCUUCGAGCUCAACUUCGUCUUCUUCGAGCUCGAUUGGGGAUGCGGUGAAGAAGGAUGAGAGAGAGAAGGAAGGGAAGAGAGGUAAGAAAGGGCUAGAGAGGACGAGAUCUCUGACUAUGAGGAUAAGACCAAUGAUUCAUGUUCCUGUCUGUACAAGUCCCUCUAAGCCUCCUCUGUUUCCUCUAAGGCUUCACAAAAACAGAGUUGAGAGACGAACUUGAUGAUGGAAAUUGCUUUUAUCUAUUUGGUUUGUAUUCAUGAUUAGAUGGAUUGUGUUUUUGUUGAGCUUUUUGUGAUUGGGAUCUGAAGUGUGACAUUGUAUAAAUGUGAGGAAAGACAUUUUCAUACUUGAAAACAGUAAGAAAUUAAUCAUUGAAUGAAUACACCCCAUCUUUAUGCUUUUUAUCUCUUAAGUUUGUGGAUUUGAAAAGUCUUUUUGUUUUUGUGUUUCUG